GCUCUGUCCUUAGUGGUUUGGUCUUGCUCCACUUAAUGAUUUACUGCUCAGAUCUCAUGGGGAAGAAUAUGUCAGUUCUUUCAUAAUUUGCUGAACCUGUUAAACCCUAAAGCUCAGCUCUCUCACUGUGAGUAGCCUGCAAUGUUUGCUUUUUCCAGUUCAAGACUAUUGUUAAAUAUGAUUGUUUCUCUGUUUGUCUCAAAUGCCCAACUGGGUAUUCUUCCCUUUCACUUAUUAUUCGUAAUCAGAUCCUUUUCAUCUAGGGUAUCUUCUAAUUUGAAUGACCAUUCAUUUACAGUUUCCUUUCUCAUAAAUUCAUGUGGAUUAACCCUAAAAUCUGCUCAAUCUGUCUCUAAGAAUAUAUGUUUUAAAACCCUUGAAAGACCAGACUCAGUACUUAGGCUUCUCAGGGAACAUGGAUUCACCAAUUCCCACAUCUCCAAAAUUGUGAAGAUGAGGCCCAGGGUGCUUUUACUAAAUCCUGAAAGGACAAUUUUACCCAAACUUGAGUUUCUAUGUUCUAUAGGGGUUUCAAGAUCAGAUCUUUCCGUAAUUGUUUCUCAGAACCCAGAUUUGUUGAAUCGAAGUAUUAAGCGAAAUCUGAUCCCACAUUAUCAUAUCCUCAAAAGUAUACUCGUUUCUGAUGAGAAAGUAAUUAAAUGUUUGAAACGCUUGUUAAAAUCUUCUAUAGUGCUUUCGCAGAACGACUUCUAUGCCAAUAUAUCACUUUUAAGAGGGCUGGGAAUUCCUCAAUCUUCUAUCUCUUUAUUGGUCACCUUUAAUCCCUCUACCAUGUGCCUUAAAGCCUUCAAUUUUGCUGAAGGGGUUAAGAAAGUUGUUCAAAUAGGGUUUGAUCCUUCAAAACUUCAAUUUGUUAGGGCACUACAAGUUUUGCUUGGAAUAAAGCAGAAAACAUGGGAGGACAAAAUUGAGGCUUUUAGGAGGUGGGGUUUAUCUGAAGAAGAGAUUUCGUCAAUUUUCCGAAAGAAUCCCUUCUGUAUGGGUCUGUCUGAGAAGAAUAUUAUGUGCAGCAUGAAUUUUCUUGUGUGCAAGAUGGGUUGGCAGCCUGCUGCUGUUGCUAGAGUUCCAAUUGUUCUGUCCUAUGGUUUGGAGACAAGGAUUAAGCCUAGAUGUUCAGUCAUAAGAGUUUUGCUUUUAAAGGGUUUGAUCAAGGCAGAUGUGCCUGUAUCCUCGGUCAUGAUUACUAGAGAAAAGUACUUCUUGGGAAGGUUUGUGAUCAAAUAUCUGGAUCAGGUGCCUCAAUUAUUGGAUAUUUUUCAAGGAAAAAUAGGGAUUACAGAACUUGGCUUUGGCUUUGAUGAUAAAUCUGUAACUCUGGAUUAGGAGACAUAUAGCCUAGCAUGCGAUGUUUUGAUAACUGAUAAUAUUAUGAAUAGUUUUGAUACCUGAAUUUCACUUUUCAUUUGUUGUCUUGGAUGGCUGAUUUUUUUCUAUUUUUUAUUUUUUUAUUUUUUGGCCUACCUAAGCUUUGAUACCUCAGUAGUUUACUUCAACUAUUAAGCGUUGAAGUUCUUAUAUUUUGUGUUUGGUAACACAAAGGUGAUGGCUUCCCUUUCCUCAGGCUAAAGAUGACUUGUGGUGCAUACUAGUACAUUUUAUUUUUAGUUACUAGUAGUCCAAAAUGUGUUAUUUGCAUUGCAAUUGUUAUUUAUUUGAGUUUCCUAGCAGUAGACUCUGAAGAAAAGAAUAUUGGGUUAUUCCUAUUUGAAGGGAUAUAAACAGUGGCAAAUGUGUUAAGCAGGAACCCAAAGUGGGAUGCUCUAACCAAUUAUGUCUUUAAAGGAUAUAAACAGUGUCAUAUGUGCAAUGCAGGAAUUGAAAAGUGUUGAUUCUCUUAAGCAUGAAAUUUGUCUUUCACUUUUGGCACUCCUGUUGGCUAGCUAAUAGAAGCCUUUUUUGUUGAAUGGAAUCAUCCCUAGUUGCUCAAUCACUGGUUUUCUGCUGAAGUAUUAAUCAAGAAGAACAUUUUGUUUUCAAUCUGAGCAGGUAGCGUUCCAAGUGCUAACUGGAUCCAUCCAAGACUGUGUGGUGUAACCAGCAGAUCCAUAGGAGGUGAUCAUUCAAUAUUUGUUGUAAAAUAUCUGAGGAAAAGAAGAUGUAAAAUAUGCAAAAUCUGUGGCUUUGGCUAUUUUCUCCCUUUGUCCACUUGUGAUGUUUUGUAGAGAUGGAAGCAUUCAUUGGUUAAAGAGUUUAUUUGACAUUGUAAUUCGAUCUGCUGUUGAGAAAAACAUUUUUUUAGGAGCAUCUUAAUUUGGCAAGGAACAUCAUUUUGCUUUGCAAGUGUUUGGUGAUCAGAGGGCUGUGCGAGUGAUGAAGCCGAUGAUCAUGGGAUAUUCUUGUUUCCUUUAAGGUGCCUACUCACGUUGUAAGGCUGAAGAACUUCGGUCUUCUAUUCUGUGGAUUAAUCAGCGUGGUCUUAAUAGUGUGUUAGUUGAGAUAUUUUUGCAGGAACCUUUCUUUGCAUUUUAGUCCAAUAGAAAUUUGUAGAAAAUAUAAACCUAACCGAACUAUAUAAAUAUAAAACUGAAUUAAAUUAA